AAUCCAGAUGUAUAUAAUAAAAAAGCUUAUAAUAAUAAAUGAUCACAAAAUCAAAUGAGAAACAAGAAAAGAACGCUGUCGUUUUCCGAGUUUCAAUGGUAAUAAGUGUGUUUUUUCUUGAAUGAGCUAGUAGCAUAAAUAGCAUCGGAGGAGAACACACAUCUGCACUAUUCUCUUUGCAUUUUGUGUCCGUUGACCCGAUAACAAAAAAGGCAUCGAAGAUGAAUGUUAGGGUUUUGUUCCUGGCUCUCCUUCUCCUUGCAUCUCCGCUUCUUCAAGUUGCUAGAUGUCAAGUAGAUGCCGAGGAUCAUUCCAGUAUCGUUGACGAUGUUGUGGGAGAGCACAGCGAUUCUGGUGCUGAGGAGGAUGAUCAGGAUUUGGAUAAUAUCAACUUAGCCUCUGCUCCAGGGGUUGAGACUGUCUCUGUUUUCCCCAAAAACAGUGCCAAAGUGGUUCCAGCUGGAGAAGAGACUGAGCUCCUUGUUGCUAUCAAGAACGAUGGCAAAUCUCACGUAGGUGUGAUGGGGAUUAGGGCCAGCGUCCAUCUUCCUUAUGAUCAUAAGCUGUUGGUUCAGAAUCUCACCAUGAUGAGAUACAACAAUGCGUCCAUCCCAACUUCUGUUCAAGCGACAUUCCCUUACAUCUUUGCAGUCAGCCAGUACCUGCAGCCUGGAGCAUUUGAUCUGGUGGGUUAUAUCAUCUACGACGUGGAGGGGAAGCCAUACCAGAGCGUCUUCUACAAUGGGACCAUUGAGGUAGUUGAAUCUGGAGGUCUUCUCAGCGGCGAGUCUGUCUUCCUUAUAACACUUGGAAUUGCUCUCCUCCUCCUCCUCGGUCUAUGGGCAUACAGCCAAGUCCAGCGUCUCACCAAGAAAACCAAAAAGGUGUCAAAGGUGGAAGUAGGAACCAGGUCUACCGACGCAUCAAUGGACGAAUGGCUCGAGGGAACUCAUUUGGCCAAGACAUUGUCUGGGAAAUCAAAGAGCAAGAAGAACUAAGAAAGAGCGCAGUGUUUAGAGACUCCGCUUUUAGCGUUUUGAAAGAGUUUACGAGUUUUAAAGUUGAGUCUUGAGGAACUUUAGGGUUUAUAAACGUUACUUUCCUUUUUUUUGUUCAUGCAUUUUGUAACUUUUUAGACAAUCUUUAUCACUCUUUCUUGUCAUACUUUAUUCUCCUCUUCAAACAACCUUUAACUUAUCAUUAAUUUACCUU